AUGUGCGGACUUAUGAAUUUAAAAGUCACUGUAUUGUCGAGAAGAGAAGAAGCCAUGCAAGUUGAGCUUCGUGGUCUCAGAAUUUAUUUCGAUCUGAUUUAUCAAUUCGAUCCCAACAAUGGCAAAAAGUACACAGUAUGGAGGCUUCAGCCGACGACUCAAGAUCAGGUCGAUCUACUUCAGAAUCUUUAUUUGAAUGAUGUCAAGCUCGACUUUUGGAAAUCGCCGUCGGACGCCGGCAAAGAAGUGCACGUGAUGUUGGGCAGCGACAAAUCGCCGGACUUCCUUCAUCAGCUCGAUGAGCACUCGAUUCCAUAUUCGGUGAUGAUCGACGACGUUCAAAAGGUGAUCAUUGAGCAAAAGGAAAAAAGGGACAAAUUGCGCAAGCAGGUUCGAUUGCAUGAUUGGCGCGAGAAUAAGAUUCAAUUCAAUCUUGCGCAGUACCACUCGUUCGCCGACGUCAUCAACUACCUCAACUCUCUGGCGAUCACUUAUCCCGAACUGGUUUCAGUUCAACCGAUUGGUACAACUCAUGAAGGACGACAAAUACCACUCAUUAAGAUAACCAAUAAACGAAAUGGGGGUGUUAAAAAGGGAAUCUGGAUUGAUGGUGGCAUUCAUGCGAGAGAAUGGGUUUCGCCCUCAACUGUCAUUUAUUUCAUUCAUCAGCUGGUGACCCAAUACGACAAAGAUCCACUGAUCCGCCAAUUCGUUGACAACAUUGAAUGGUACAUCGUACCUCUCCUGAAUCCCGAUGGCUACGAAUACAGUCGAAGCAGCAAUGAUCCAGAAAUUCGUUUGUGGCGAAAAAAUCGAUCACCGCCAAAGUGCAUUCAACAGGCAACCGGAUUGUUCCAGCCACCAACGACUACCUGUUGUCAGGGUGUUGAUUUGAACAGAAAUUUUGAUUGGUUCUUCGGACAAGUCGGAUCAUCCACGGAUCCAUGUUCGGAAAUCUACCAAGGCGCUUAUGCUUUCUCUGAGCCGGAAACUGCAGCAGUGAGGGAUUUUGUGCAGCGACAUCGAAUUUCCUCAUUCUUGACUUUCCAUUCAUACUCGCAAAUCCUUAUGUAUCCAUUCGGACAUCAAGUUCGGACAUAUUCCAAUGAUUUGAAUGAUUUGCGAUCAACCGCUUUGGCGGCAGCUCAGGCGCUUAACAACAUGUACAACACACAGUAUAAAGUUGGAACUGGAGCAGAUACUCUUUAUCCCGCAUCGGGAGGCUCCGAAGAUUGGGCGAAAGGAAAAGCUCACGUCAAAUACUCGUUCCUGUUCGAGUUGAGACCCGAAGAGCAAGUUUGGGACGGAUUUUUGCUCGCUGAGAAUCAGAUCAUCCCAACAGCUCGCGAAACCUGGGAAGCGGUCAAAGUGAUUGCGCAACGCACUUUGGAAUUGCCUGCUGCCGCUCACAGAUCGCCAGCAAAACGGUGUAUCGAUCACGAUUCUCUAUGUCCAUCAUGGGCGAUGGGCGGAGCGUGCGAAAAUUGGCCGGAGAUGCGUCUUCGAUGCCCGCGAGCCUGCAAAGUGUGCUCGUAG